CCCGCUGACGGCGUCGAAAGGGCCGGGGAAGCGUCUCUGGAGGCGGAGCCCAGCGGGUUGCUAAGCAACGGCGACAAAGGACCUCCGGGAAAGCACAGGCCUGACAAAGGCCUCAGCCAGGAUGGCUGGCAGUGAGAAGAGCAAUGCAUCCCCCUUCAGUGAACAAACAGCAGAAAACUCUCAUUCAAAGAGAUCCCAGAAUUAUGAAGAGGAAAUGUUUUAUAAGAACUGCCGAGCAGCCUAUCUAGCAGUCUUUAAAAGCAGUUUAGAAAACAUUAAAUCAAAAGAGCAGCUGUGUUUGGUACUUCAGCAAGCAGGAAGAAAUCCAUCUCAGAAGACAGUUGAUAAAUAUUGGACUCCUCAGACUUUCUCAUUGAAUUUUGAUGAUUUUUGUUCCAUCUUAAAACAAGAAGAACCCAUUAAGAGCACAGAGCUACUUAAAGCAUUUGCAAGUGCAGAUACAAAUAAUGAUGGAUGUCUUCUCCAUAGUGAACUUUCUAAAAUCCUUACAACUAGAGGUGACAAAAUGACUCUAGAUGAAGUUAAUGCAAUUUUUGAAUUGGCUGAAGUCAACAGUGAUGGCAAGUUUGACUAUUACAAGUUUUGUAAAUUGUAUAUGACAGUCAAUGAACAAUGUCUGAAGACUGCACUAGAGAAACUGGAGGCUGACAGUAAACUGAAGCGUCAUCAGUUUGGAAGCCAGCUUGAGAAUUCAUCAGAAAUGACAAGAUCUCCAGUUUCAAAACCAUUACCAAAAGCUACAAGGAAAACAGAAUUCGGACCAAUGCUUAAAAACGAAGUGAGAGGCUCUUCAGUUCCAAGUUACAAAACCUGUGUUUCCACAACUAUCAGUAUGGGUGCCAGCUACAACAAAAAUUCAAGGCUAAUUGAGGCAAAUACAACAAAGGAAUGGCAUUGUGUACUCUCCAAAGGAUGCUUCUUCUUGCAAGACAGUGGUGAGAUAAUUAGUCAUAAAUACAAGUUGUCUUUACCCCAAACGUCUACAGUAUGUAUCACCAUUAAGCCUAUAAAGCUUCACCAAAGGGAAGAGAAAUGCUCACCAUGGUUAGCAGUGGACUCAGCUUUAUAUAUAUUUAAGGACAGUGAAACAGAAGACUACUUACAGCUUAUGAACUUCACUGAGCAACGCAAUAAAGAGGUGUUUGGUUGGAGAGGGGAACUUGGUGCAGGAAGCUAUUGGUUAAUCCCUUUUACCACAGGAUGUAGGUUCAAAAAAGUGAAAAAGGAAAUAAGAGGAGAAGCCAAACUCAUAUAUAGAGAUGGCAGCAGAAAGUUGGAACUUACUGAAGAGUUCAGAGCUGUCUUAUCAGAAAUAUUUGAAAUGAUUGAUUUGGAUGGAAAUGGCUUCAUCAGCCUGGAAGAAUACAACUUCUUUGAAAUGAGAACCAGUGGUGAGAAAUGUGAUGAAAACACUUGGGCCAUGUGCAAAGAGAAUUUUGAAAUGAAGAAUGAUGAACUCACAAAACAAGGAUUUAUGGAUCUGAAUCUCAUGGAAGCUAAUGAACAAAGCAGAGAACUUAGUAUCCUCUGGAAUACUUUGCUGUCAAUGGGCUAUAACAGAGCAAUGGAGUUGGUGGAGGCAUGUCCUUUUUCUAUUCACAUCUAUGCAGAAAAAUGUAAGCCCCAAAUUAUGCCAGUUUGUUUGGAAACCGGUGGAGAACAGCUUAAGAAUGCCAUCUGUGUGAGUGUUGUUAAUAAAGGAGAUGCCAAGCCAAUGGAUCGCAAUGAAAAUAUCAUUAUCCAUACAUACAAAAGUGAUACACGUAUCACAGCUGUUAUUGAAAACAAGUCUGAAAGCAAAGCACUCAUCCAUCUCAAUAGUGAGCAAAGUAAGAACUGCGUAAAUAAUAGAGGACUCAAUACUUUUGCUGUUGAAGUGGCACCCAAAUCCAUGAUGGUUUGUCAGCACAUAAUGCCACUGAAUGAUAAAGAAGAAUGGAUAUACAGUUGUAUUUAUUCUGCCCUGACUUAAGUUAUUAUGGUUAGAAACUGGCAUUCUCCUGAUUCAUGAAGAAAGCUUCAGCUUCUGCUCUCCAACGUGAGGAUGGUUUGAGUUAUCUCAUCAUUUUUAAAACAGAAACACUCUUCCAUAUUUCGAAUAUCCUCAUAAUAGUUAUGAUUCUCGUUACCUUCAAAUUUUUGACAGCAUAAAAUAACUGCUUGUUCUUACUUUUUUCCAUUUAUGGACAGCUUUGUAUACACAAGUAGGUUUAAAGCUUUUUAUCCUGGACAUUCAAACAGGGGCAGUUAAAGGCUUAAAAACAGAGCAUUGUUAAUUUUGCUUGUUUGCAGAAACGUUUGUAUAGAACAGUAAAAAUGGAGAAUUCAUUCCACCAUUGUCAUAUGCCAACUGAAAUACUUGCAGGAACCUCAGCAAGUGAGAGUCCAAAAGUGGCAGGCUAAAACCCAAAACCUCAAUCCAUUGCUGAUACCAAAUGAGAGACUCAGUCAACUGAGCCGGUGAGCUUGUUGACCGAAAGGUUGCAGAUUCGAAUCUGGGGAGCGGCAUGAGCUUCCACUGUCAGCCUCAGCUUCUGCCAACAUAGCAGUUUGAAAACAUGCAAAUGUGAGUAACUCAAUAGGUACUGCUCCGGGCGGGAAGGUAACGGCGCUCCUUGCAGUCAUGCUGGCCGCAUGACCUUGGAGGUGUCUAUGAACAAUGCCGGCUCUUCGGCUUAGAAAUGGAGAUGAGCACCACCCCCCAGAGUCAGACAUGAUUAGACUUAAUGUCAGGAGAAAACUUUUACCUUUACCUACCUAACCUUUUAUCUCUCAAAGAAAGCUUAAGACACAUUGAUGUGGAAAAAAUCUCAAACUGUAAUUGCCAGAAUUCUUUAGAGAAAUCUUUGGCAUUUAAAAACUGUAACAUGAACAUGUGGUUUGAAUGUUUCAAUUUGCAAUGCAAAAUAUUAUUGCUGCAAAAUAAAAUGCAAAUGAAAAAAUAAUCCACUUUUAAUCUGCCGCUAUGAGGGCACUUUGUACAUUGGGCAUUUUACUAAUUCAUUUAAAUAUAUUAGUUUAAAGAAUGGUACUACUGCUUAUAAUUUAAAUGAGAUAUCAGAUUUAUAUGACCUUGUCUAAGAAAGUGCAAGAAGUCUUAAAAGCUAUAUUUAUCUUGCAGCCAGUCUUGUACUUGGACUUCUUCUACUGUAAUAGGAUGCCAGGCAAGCAAAUGUCAGUUCUAAAAUUAAAACCAUGCUUAAUACA